GUACAGCAAGAAAUUUAUUUGUGGACGGAGGGAGUAUAUUAAGCAUAGAGAAAGCAUCAUCCCCUCCUUUUCUUUAGUUCGUUGUCAUCGGAGAAGAGAGCCAGUCUCAGUCUCAAACGUCGCAGCGUUUCUUUCUCAGCCGGCAAUCUUACUUCGAAAUCAAGGAUCAUGUGGAGGGGGAGGCAGUGUUCUGCUAGUUCAUCAAGACCCAUGGCAAUUAGGGUUUUUAGAUCUCUCGUUUCUUCAAGACCCAAUUCCUUCGACCUUAAUCUUCUUCGGCACUUCUCCGCAAAGGCAAGAGGUCCAAAAGUGAAAUCCCAAAUUCAAUAUCCUCUAGACUUCCCCCAAAAUCCCCCCCAAAGGAAUCUUACAUCAGUUUCUAAUCUACUCAAAAGGUAUGGAUUUCCUCUGUCUGAACUGCAUGAUUUCCUUGCAAAAAAUCGAUCUUUACUGAAUUCUGACCCCUCCAAAAUUGAGAAGUCUCUUAAAAUUCUGUUUUCCCUGGGACGCUCCCAAGAAUUUCUUACUUCUGUGAUUGGUAGCUGCCCUAGGGUGUUAGAGUAUGAAUUUAUGAAGAAAUGGGAAACGGGAGUUUCUGGAAUUGAGGGUAUAAAACUUUCUUCGUUGGCUAUUAAGAAUGUUCUGGAAGUUUGUUUGAAGUUUGAACUACAACCAAAUGAUGUUUCUGCUUGUCUGAAGUGUUUGCUGGCUUCGAAGUUGAGUGACAGUACUGUUGUUAAGGUUAUAGAACAAUUCCCUACAGUUGUAGUGACUAGUCCGGAUAGAAUUGAGAGGAAAAUUGAAUUCUUGAUGACUGGCCUUGGAAUAGCAAACACCGAGCUCAGUCAUAUUCUAGGGUCCUACCCUGGUGUAUUGGCAUUUGGGGUAGACAACAGGCUUAAACACUUGUUGAAUGAAUUUUCAAGCCUCGGUUUCAGCUUGGAUAUAGUAAGGAGGGAGGUUUUGAGAGACCCACAGAUUCUUGGGUUGGAAGUUGGUGAACUUUCUCAUUGCUUGAAUGUGCUAAGGAGUUUAAAAUGUAGGGCGUCCAUUAAGGAUGAGAUUUUUCAAGACGGAGCAUUUAGGGCUGGAUAUCAAGCCAAGCUGAGAGUUGAUUGCCUCCACAAACAUGGUUUAAUACGUAGAGAUGCAUACCGCGUGCUAUGGAAAGAGCCAAGAAUAGUUUUAUAUGACAUUGAGGAAAUUGAGAGGAAAAUCCAAUUUUUGGUGCAGACAAUGAAAUUUGAUGUUGAGAGUCUAGUUGACGUUCCAGAAUACUUGGGAGUGAAUUUCGAGAAACAGAUUGUUCCAAGAUUUCAGGUUAUUGAGUAUCUGAAAUCAAAGGGCGGGCUUGGGGAUGAGGUGGGGCUGAAAGCCUUGAUUAGGCCUAGUAGAUUGAAGUUUUACAAUCUCUAUGUGAAGCCUUAUCCAGAGUGCGAAAGCAUUUAUGGGAAAGUUGCAGGGGAUGUUAGGGACAAGCGCGGACAUCCUACUGGGUUAUGGAAGGUUUUCCGACCACCCCAGCACCAGCCCUCCAAUGAAGAUGUUAUGAACAUCAAGUCUUUCAUGGAUUCCCUAUCUUUCAAGAAAGAUGAUUCUGUGGACCCACCCAAGGUACACACCUAAAGUUGCUAGGCUUAGAAGCUGGCGUGGAAAAAAGGCCCGUUUUGCUCAAGAUGAUGUGGAACAAGCCGAGUGUGAGUUAACAAACCAAAAUUGACGCUCACAAAUCAUUCUCAAAAGAGGUUGAUGACAUUGGCACAUAGAUAAUCUGAGAAGGCAAAAGCGCUUGGGGAAGAACGGAACUCCAUUGAUGCUGAAAAUGUUGGCGUUGGAAAAUUAGAUGUCGCAGGAGCAAAAAAGCAAGAAAGGGGAAGAAACAAGGAGGGAACCGGGGGAGAAAGCAGCGAAAAUGAAGAAGAGUUAAACGAAAUGGAAAGGAAAAGAUUCGGAGGAAAAAGAAUAGGUAAACAAAAGAUCAAUAUGGAACAACCCUGAAAAAGGCAAAAAGUGUCAAAGACAGAAGACUUCAAAGACAAAAGGUGGCAAAAGAUCUAUUCUAAACUUUUUUCUCUUAAUUGCUUAUUUUACUAGUAGUUUAUUCUUUUUGUUUCUAAUUGAGGUGGCUCUUAAAUCAGGGUUCAUAGUUAGCAAUAUGUGGAGUAAAAGAAGCUAAUUUUACUGCAUGCAUUUUAGCUUAGGAUUUUACAUGGAAUCAAGAAGUCCAUUUUGAUCUAUGACAAGAAGCCUAUGGUUGAAGUAAUACUCGAAGACUAUUAAGAACAUUGUGGUUAAAAUUCUCUUUUCGAGUCCCCUUCCGAUGUUUUCCAUUGUUUGUUUGUUUGACGAUUUAUGCUUGUACGAGAACGUACGUUUGGUUGGCGUGCGUGCCAAUUGGAUCCCAUUUUGAUGGUUACGUGGCGUUGUUUUUGGA